AUGUAUAGGUGCAGUAGAUACUCUAUACCAUUCCUGGUGCACUUUGUGGUGGGAGAAACCGGUUCCAAUCAAGGUCGAGGUCAAGGUCAAGGUCGAGGUCAAGGUCGAGGUCGAGGUCGAGGUCAAGGUCGAGGUCAAGGUCAAGGUCGAGGUCAAGGUCGAGGUCGAGGUCGAGGUCAAGGUCAAGGUCAAGGUCAAGGUCAAGGUCGAGGUCGAGGUCAAGGUCGAGGUCAAGGUCGAGGUCGAGGUCGAGGUCAAAGUCGAGGUCGAGGUCAAGGUCGAGGUCGAGGUCAAGGUCAAGGUCAGGGUCGAGGUCGAGGUCGAGGUCAAGGUCGAGGUCGAGGUCAAGGUCGAUGUCAAGGUCGAUGUCAAGGUCGAGGUCAAGGUCAACGUCAAGGUCAAUGUCAAGGUCAACGUCAAGGUCAAUGUCAAGGUCAGGGUCAAGGUCGAGGUCAAGGUCAAGUUUGA